ACAGAGAAAAAGACCUCGUUCAGCAAGAGCGAACACGCUUAGGAAUUUAUUUCGGAGCAUUUAAAAGACUCUUCUGUUUACCACCACUUGGGAUCCACUACCGGAAUAACAAAAAGGAAAACUUCAUUUUAAAAAAGCAAGAAGUAAAUGAGACCAAAUUGUGAAUGUUUAAGUCUCUGAAAGUCUGCAUUGAAAAGCAAAAUAAAAUUGCUAACUUUAGCUUAAACAUUCUGGAGCACAAAGAAACCUGAAUUUUGGAAUAUCAUCCAGACUACUAAAAUACAAGUUUGCCGGACAAGUCGACUUAUUUCAUCUUAGAACACGGCGUUUCUUUACCAUCUACAAUCCAAUGGAUUGGCUUCACUGACUGCAUUUUUUAAAGGUUGCUCAUCGGUUAACAAGCCCUGGAUUCAAAGAUUUUUUGGACACUAGAAAAUGAGACUAUUUUCCUGUUGAGGAACCAAGUGCAAGCUUUACAGCAACAAAUUUCAUGUUUCUUUUGGAGAUUCUGGAGAGAAAGGAAAUAUUUGUAAGACCACCCAAAGAUCCGAAGAAUUUGCAAAUACACUGGGUUUUUUUUAAGUGGUCAAAAUCUGAAUACCAAAGGAGCCUGCUGCCCAAAGGACUUCAACACAGUAAGCUGACCGUGCCUUUAGAAUGGUAAGCAAUAACAGCUCCCAAUGCUCCUAUGAUGACUCCUUUAAGUACACUUUGUAUGGGUGCAUGUUUAGUAUGGUGUUUGUGCUUGGGUUAAUAUCCAACUGUGUUGCCAUAUACAUUUUCAUUUGUACCCUCAAAGUGCGAAAUGAAACUACAACUUACAUGAUUAACUUGGCAAUGUCAGACUUGCUUUUCGUUUUUACUCUACCCUUCAGGAUUUUUUACUUUGCAACACGGAAUUGGCCAUUUGGAGAUUUACUUUGUAAAAUUUCAGUGAUGCUGUUUUAUACCAACAUGUAUGGAAGCAUUCUGUUCUUAACCUGCAUUAGUGUAGAUCGAUUUCUGGCAAUUGUCUACCCAUUUAAGUCAAAGACCCUAAGAACCAAACGAAAUGCAAAAAUCGUUUGCAUUGCUGUGUGGUUAACUGUGAUGGGAGGAAGUGCACCAGCAGUUUUUUUUCAGUCUACCCACUCUCGGGGUAACAAUACCUCAGAAGCCUGCUUUGAAAAUUUUCCUGAUGACACAUGGAAAACUUAUCUCUCACGGAUUGUAAUUUUCAUUGAAAUAGUUGGAUUCUUUAUUCCUCUAAUUUUAAAUGUAACUUGUUCUAGUAUGGUGCUAAGAACUUUAAAUAAACCUAUUACCCUAAGUAGAAGUAAAAUAAACAAAACUAAAGUUUUAAGAAUGAUUUUUGUACAUUUGGUCAUAUUUUGUUUCUGUUUUGUGCCUUAUAAUAUUAACCUUAUUUUAUAUUCUCUUAUGAGAACACAGAUAUUUGUUAACUGCUCAGCAGUGACAGCAGUAAGGACCAUGUACCCAAUCACUCUCUGCAUUGCUGUUUCAAACUGCUGCUUUGACCCAAUAGUUUACUACUUCACGUCAGACACAAUUCAGAAUUCUAUAAAAAUGAAAAACUGGUCUACUAGGAGAAAUGACUCAAGAUGCUCUGAAGUUCAAGGCACAGAAAACUUUAUUCAUCAUAACCUAGAAACCUUAAAAACUAAGAUAUUUGACAGUGAAUCUACAAUAUAAGCUGCCUGGAAUAAAACCACUGGAACUUCACUGGGACAGAACCUCCAAGUUCCUUCAACUGUGAAAAGUUUUCUUGAACCUCAAAAAGAAAAUGAGCAUGUGGACAUUUUAAAGUUUUUAGUAUUAAAAAAAGUUGUAUUCAAUGUGUUAAGCAUUCAAAUGUAUUCUAUUCUUGUAUACACUCCAAUUUAUUUUUCUUAGCCAUUUUUGAUUUGUACCUUCCUCUUCAUUAAAAAAAUCCCUUAAAAAGUUGUUCAAAGUCUAAAAGUGAUUAUGAUUUAAAUCAUGUGGUGAGCAUCUGUACUGUCUUUGAAGUUUUUAGUAAUUUUAUACUAAGUGAUUUACAAAUAUUAAAUGUUUUGUUUAAGUGAUAUUUUAUUCAACAUAUAUCUAAUUUGUUUCAUCUAAAUUGAAACUACUAAUCAUGUUUCUUAUACUAUAAUAACAUAAAUGAGAACAGAGGGUAAUUUAAAAUAAUAAGUGUUUUUGGAGUAUUUUUCCAAAAAGUAGCUAAAAAUGACUUCCGUAGAAUAAUAGAUACUAUUUGAGGAUCUUGAGCAGUUACACUUAAAGAUAACAUUAA